AUGUCUACCGCUGGAGCACAGCAAGUCCUCUUCCGCACUGGCAUUGCCGCGGUUAAUACAACCAGCCAUAUCCGUGUUUACUUCCAGGAUGCCUAUAGCAGUAUCCGCGAGAGUCUCUAUGAGGGUAGCUGGGCCAACGGCACCGAAAAGAAUGUCAUCAGCAAGGCUAAACUCGGCAGUCCGUGGCUGCGACUUCCAAGGAGCUGA